AUGCAGGGGUUCCGAAGUUCUUCCGCUGAAAAAAUAAUCCCCAAUUGCUUUACAAUGGCGGCGGCGCGUGGCUUCGUGACCUCUCUUUCUGUUAAUAAUUAUAAUAAUUCUGAGCAAAAGCUGAAAAUGGAGUUUUGCAAUGCAUCCAGCAUUCCUGAUUCGCCUUUUCUUUCUUCGAAAACAAGAUUUUUUAGCAAUAAUUUGGGGUUUAAAAAAGUCAUUUCUGAAACGCGGUCUUUAACGUUAGACCCUAGAUGUGAGGUUGCUUCCGGCGCAGCGAGCAAAUCCAUGGCGUCAAGUCUUUCGGCUUUGGAGCUUCUGAAGACAUCGGCAGCUGAUCGAUAUACAAAAGAAACUAGCAGUAUUGUGGUUGUAGGGCUUAACUUCCAUACUGCACCAAUUGAGAUUCGUGAAAAGCUUUCUAUUCCGGAAGCACAGUGGCCUCAAGUGAUUGGUGAAUUAUGUGCUUUGAAUCAUAUAGAGGAAGCUGCUGUUCUUAGUACUUGCAACAGAAUGGAAAUAUAUGUUGUGGCUCUUUCUCAGCAUCGAGGGGUUAAAGAGGUGACUGAAUGGAUGUCUAAGAUAAGUGCCGUGCCAGUUUCAGACAUUUGCCAACACAGAUUUUUGCUCUAUAAUAAAGAUGCCACACAGCACUUGUUUGAAGUAUCCGCUGGGCUCAAUUCCCUUGUUGUAGGUGAAGGUCAGAUUCUUUCUCAGGUAAAACAUGUUGUUAAAACUGGUCAGGGCGUCCCUGGCUUUGACCGGAAAAUCAGCGGGCUGUUUAAGCAUGCAAUCACAGUUGGAAAGCGUGUUAGAACCGAGACUAGUAUUUCCACAGGGUCGGUGUCAGUCAGUUCAGCUGCUGUUGAGCUUGCUUUAAUGAAACUUCCUGAAUCUUCUCACGCUACUGCUAGAAUGUUGGUUGUUGGAGCUGGUAAGAUGGGGAAACUUGUGAUCAAACACUUGGCGGCAAAAGGGUGCACAAAAAUAGUGGUUGCUAACAGAACUCUAGACAAAGUUGCUGCUAUCCAAAAAGAGCUCAAGGAUGUUGAAAUAGUUUAUAAACCUCUCUCCGAAAUUUUGGCAUGCGCUGCUGAGUCAGAUGUGGUUUUCACCAGCACUGCUUCAGAAACUGUGCUUUUUACGAAAGAGAUAGUUCAGAUGCUCCCCCCGGUGAGCUCUGAAGUUGGAGGACGGAGGUUAUUUGUUGACAUUUCUGUUCCUCGAAACGUGGGAUCAUGUGUUUCAGAUCUUGAAACUGCUCAAGUUUACAACGUGGAUGAUUUGAAGGAAGUUGUGGCCAGUAACAAGGAGGACCGGCUGCAAAAAGCAAUGGAUGCUCAGGUAAUCAUUGAGGACGAAGUGAAAGAGUUUGAAGCCUGGAAGGACUCCCUUGAGACUGUUCCAACCAUCAAGAAGCUUAGAGCAUAUUCAGAAAGAAUUAGGGCGUCCGAGCUUGAAAAGUGUUUGUCAAAAAUGGGUGACGAUAUUCCAAAGAACCAAAAGAAAGCUAUUUACGACCUUAGUGUAGGAAUCGUGAACAAACUACUUCACGGCCCAAUGCAACAUUUACGAUGUGAUGGCUCUGAAAACCGGAGUCUGAGUGAGAUACUGGAAAAUAUGCAUGCACUUAACAGAAUAUUCAACCUCGAUACAGAGAUCUCUGUAUUGGAGCAGAAGAUUCGAGCCAAGAUCGAACAGAAUCAGAAUCGCUCAGGUUCCCUCAGUUCUAAUUCGCACAAAAAUUUCGGCAUUUUAUUGAAACUAGAUAAGGGCUGGGGGAAUGGAGCUUAG